AUGUUCUCGACCUCCUUGCCUCGUCUAUCUUCAACAGCGAUCAAGCUCCAGCGACUCUCUUCACGCCGCCUCCUCCACACCCAGAAAACAAUGACGACCACUACGCCCCCAAGUUUCCCCUUCCAACGCGCCUCGGGCCUCGAACCGCCCGCAGAAUACGCCCGCCUCCGCGCCACGGAGCCCGUCUCGCAAGUGAAGCUCUUUGACGGCUCUCUCGCAUGGCUCGUGACGAAAUACAAAGACGUCUGCGCCGUCGCCACGGAUACGCGUCUCUCCAAGGAACGCACCCGCGCCGGAUUCCCCGAGCUCAGCGCCGGCGGGAAAGCGGCGGCCGCGAACAAGCCCACCUUUGUCGACAUGGACGCGCCGGCGCAUAUGCAGCAGCGCGGCAUGGUUGAGCCGCUUUUCGUGCGGGAGCACAUCGCGUCCAUGAAGCCGUAUAUCCAAAAGACUGUGGAUAGUCUACUAGAUAAAAUGGUUGAGCAGGGGUGCGACGAGCCGGUUGACUUAAUUGACAAGUUUGCCUUGCCUGUUCCGUCAUAUAUUAUUUAUACCAUCCUCGGCGUCCCGUUCGAGGACCUCGAAUAUCUCACCCAGCAGAAUGCCAUCCGCACGAAUGGCAGCGGUACCGCAUCGCAAGCUCAGUCUGCAAACCAAGAACUUCUCAACUACCUCGCAAAGCUAGUCAACCAACGCAACAUUGAGCCCAAGGACGACCUCAUUAGCAAGUUGGUCGUGGAGCAGCUCAGACCCGGUCACGUUGAAAAAUCGGACGCCGUGCAAAUUGCCUUCUUGCUGCUCGUUGCUGGCAACGCGACGAUGGUGAAUAUGAUUGCGUUGGGCGUCAUCGAACUCUUCCGGAACCCAGGUCAGCUCGCCCAACUCAAAGCCGACCCGUCGCUCGCCCCGGCCUUUGUCGAAGAGCUGUGCAGAUACCACACCGGCUCCUCCAUGGCGAUGAAGCGGGUGGCCAAGGAAGACAUUAUCCUCGGUGGCAAGACCAUCAAGGCGGGUGAGGGCAUCAUCGCCGCAAACCAAUCCGGCAACCGAGACGAAGACGUCUUCCCCGACCCGGACGUCUUUGACAUGCACCGGACCCCUGACCCGAACCACGCGCUGGGGUUCGGCUUCGGGCCGCACAGGUGCAUCGCCGAGCCGCUUGCGCGCGCAGAGCUCGAGACUGUCUUUGCAACGCUCUUCCAGAAGCUCCCCAGCCUGAGAAUCGCCGUGCCCAUCCCAGAUAUCGAGUAUACGCCCCUGCACAAGGAUGUCGGGGUAGCCGAGUUACCGGUGGCAUGGUGA